ACACCUGGGGCAGGUAGGCUAGGCUGUUUGCACUCUGUAGUUUUCCAGGUGACAACAGGCUAAACCCUUGUUCAGGUUUGACAGGAUUUCUGAAGUGGAACGGGAAGCUACUUGAUAGAAGCUUCCAGCUGUGUUGUUCUGCUGUAAUAUUUCAUAAUAUUCCAGUCCGCAGGGAUGAACUGGUCAGCACUAGAGAGCCUCCUUAGCGGGGUCAACAAGUACUCCACAAUGUUCGGCCGUGUGUGGCUGUCCAUGGUAUUUGUGUUUCGUGUCAUGGUGUUCGUGGUGGCCGCCCAGCCCGUGUGGGGAGACGAGACCAAGGACUUUGUGUGCAACACCAGGCAGCCCGGCUGCACCAACGUCUGCUACGACAGCAUCUUCCCCAUCUCACACAUCCGCCUGUGGGCCCUACAGCUCAUUUUCGUCACCUGUCCCUCUCUCAUGGUGGUGGCGCACGUCAAGUACCGCGAGGGGAAGGAUUCAAAGUAUACUGCCCAACACCAGGGCUCUCACAUGUACGCCAACCCAGGGAAGAAACGUGGAGGCCUGUGGUGGACCUACCUGGUCAGCCUGAUCUUCAAGGCCGGGUUUGAUGUAGCCUUCCUCUACAUUCUCUACUAUAUCUACCACGGGUAUGACAUGCCACGGCUCUCCAAGUGUGCCCUGGAGCCUUGCCCCAACACAGUGGACUGCUACAUCUCCAGGCCCAUGGAGAAGAAGAUCUUCACCAUCCUCAUGGUGGUCUCCUCAGCCCUCUGCGUCUUCAUGUGCAUACUGGAGAUGUUCUAUCUGGUGGGCAUGCGCUUACAGAAGGUGCUCAAAGUAUGGCAGGCCAACAAGAGACUGCUCUUUGCUGAGCGCCAUAAGGUCACCAACAUUGCUCUGCCGAGGUCAUCGUACAUCAGGGUAGAUCCAACUAUUGGGAGCCAGCAGAACAUCAACAGACAGAAGAAGGCAGAGGAGGCUGCUGCCACAGGCCUGUAGCCCUGAUCUAUAUGAUUUUGGUGCAUAUUGGGACUAUGCAAGAAUCAUGAAGAACAGAAGGACCUUACACAGGAAUAAGAAGCUUUAUAAAUGGACUCCUACAUGUGCAGAUAACUGUGGUGUGUGUCUGCUUGUGGUUCGUUGUGUUUUCUGUUUACUUUGGUUUGUUAACUUCUGUUGCCGUUUGUUUACAUAGCUUACAAUUGUUCAUCUGUUUUUUAUGUUUCAGCUCUCUAGCACUUAUUAUGUAGUACUUAUAUGAUAUUAUUGUCACGGGUGUCGUAGGGUUUAGACCAAGACCCCGCGGGAAAAUGUAUACUCAUCUUUUAUUGAAGGACAAAGAAGGAAAAAACCAAAACGUAUACAAAAAAACCACGGCGACAAAGAAUUGGCCCGGUAAAGCACAAAGCUAUACACAGCAAUAAUCUCCCACAAAAUCCCAUGACAAAACACAUACCUAUUUAUAGGACCUUCAAUCAGAGGCAACGAUAGACAGCUGCCUCCAACUGAAGGCCCCAACACCAAUUAACUAAACAUAGAAAUACAAACGACUAGACUGAACAUAGAACUAAACUAACAUAGAACAAUAACCAAAACCCUGGACUAAUAAAUCAAAUACCCCUCUACAUAAACAACCACCCCGAACCAUAUAAACCAAAUACCCCCUCUACAUGAACACAUACACAAACACAGCCUGAACCACAUAAAACAAAUACCCCCUGCCACGUCCUGACCAAACUAUAAGAACAAAUAACUCCUUUACUGGUCAGGACGUGACAAUUAUGUCAUAUUCAUAUUUUUUGUUUUAGCCAUUUCAUUGACUUGAAGAGUAUUUCAAAUCCCCAACCUAGUCAAGAUAGAAUUAUAUUACAGAACAUCAAUGUACAUUUUAAAUAGCUUUCCCAAUAUUUAACAUCCAGAGAUUUAAGGGUUUAUAGUAAAAUGGCAAAAACAAAUACAGACUUUUUGCACAGUAAUGUUUUAUAAAUGUUUAAUAUUCAAGAA